AGCCGAUUACAACAGAGGAGCGCGCGUCGCACGGUUGCGCACAGAGAGGACGUAGCUGCGACACAGGCGAGGCGAAAGAUGUGGUAAAAAAAAAAUCCACUCCACACCAGCCUUUUUUAUUUUAUUUUGCUACAAAGCAGACUAAAUCAAUAGCUAAAAAUGUCCAAGAUGAGUGCGAUCCAGGCUGGAAGCGAAGGGAGGGUGGAGAGCGGCAGAGGCAGCCUGACCACCAGCAGCGGCUGCGGCUCCCCGAGGCUCCAGCAGCGCGCUCACCCCCCCAACAGCGGCAGCCGGAGCAAAGAAAGCAGAAAUCAGCAGCAGCAGCUUCAGCUGCAGAGGCAUCAUGGUGGGGCGAUGCUCAAACAACCAUCUCACAACGAGCCAGCUGACGUCGUGAGGCGGGCGCUCGACUUUAAGAGCCAAGGCACCCAGUGUUACAAGGAUAAGAAAUACAGAGAGGCGAUCGGCAAGUACCACCGCGCUCUGCUGGAGAUCAAAGGGCUGUGCAGGGUGCUGGGGGACCCGGACCCCAGCUCCAAGUCCACCUCCACUCUCCUUCCCACCAUCAGCAAGUCCAGCACGCUGACAGAUGAGCAGAAGGGGGCGAUGGAGAAUGCAGAGCUGGAGUGUUACAACAGCCUGGCUGCUUGUCUUUUGCAAAUGGAGCUGGUGAACUAUGAACGAGUGAAGGAAUACUGUCUGAAAGUUCUUCUCAAGGAAGGGAAGAACUUCAAAGCCCUCUACCGAUCAGGAGUGGCCUACUACCACCUAGGAGACUACCAGAAGGCUCUGUACUAUCUGAAGGAGUCACACAAGCAGGAGCCAUCAGACACGAACGCUAUCCGCUACAUCCAGCUGACAGAGAUGAAGAUACGCAGAAAUGCCCAAAAGGAAAAGAAAGAGGCAACCUAAGUGCUUGCUCCAUAAGGCAGCUCACUUGUCAUGAGUUGCAGCCUCACUGUGUGCCACUCAGACCUUAAACACCACCUGUCACAGGUCUUUGAGUGAAUUCAUAUUUGUUUAGCUUUUGCUUUGCCUAGCAUAACGUUUUAAGUUUACGAACUCUGUUGUGUAGACCAUUUUUUGGGGGUUUAUAUUUUCUUCUGCAAAAGAAAUCUUACCAAAACAGACAAAUCUAUUUGACUACUCAUUAUGCUUCAGCUCUUUUUAAACCGAUGCACUGCCAGUCCAAACGUUGCACAUGCAGGCUGACGCCUGUGACCAGAGACUGGAGCGACAAGUUCCACUGUGCUGCAUGUCUGCAGGCGAGCGUCACUGUAAGACAGCACCUGCACUCGCACAACAAGCGUGGUUAAAUGCCUUUUUAUGAGUGGUAACAACCACCUUCACUUUUUUCCCCUUUUUAUUUGAUGAUCUAGAAAAAAAAUUACAGAGUUUGUCUACCUGAUAAUAGCUGAUGUUAAGGUGCUGUAAAACACAAGAGCAUCAAAAGCACAUUGCCAUUAGUUGUGCUAUGAUACAAGAUACAUAUCACAAGAUGUAAAUAGCCUUCUGUGCAAAAUCUCAUAAAAAAAAGAACUGCGUGUCUCUAUUAAUGCCAAAACAAAGCACUUCAUUCACAGCAUUUAAUGUAUUUGAAAAAUUCCUGAUGUGUAUGGUAACAGUAUAUGUGUAAUAAACUUGCUUAAUUAUUGAAA